GUGGAACAGUGUGUAGUUUGUGUGUGGAGAGAAACACUGAGUGGGAGAGAGAGAGAGGCUGAAGAGAAGAGGAGGGGUGAGUGAAAGAAUAAGGGGAGUAUCCGGACUUUGCCGUCUUUUCUGCACGAGCACGUCUUUCUCCUCUCUCCAUAAGUGAUCUGUCUCUCCCGUGCCACCGAGAGGAAGGGCACCUGCUGCUCGCCGACGAUUCAGCCCCACGCGGCUGCUGCUUGAAGACCGCGGUCGGACAGCAUGACGCCUGCGCCGCCACAUUGCCUGUCUGCCCUGUACCGGGCGCUGCAGCCCCGUCCUGCCCGCGGUUUCGAAACAGCGGCCGGUGCCGCUCCUCAAGUCCUCAGGUGAGUCCGCUCACUGCUCAUCCCACCGCGGGGAGCUGCAUCCAAAGUCAACCGGACCGGCGAAGGCACCUAACGGACCAGAGCUCUCCUGUCUCCCUGGCUACUUUUCGUGCGCGUCUGCGCUCAUUUUGCUGCUUCUAUUCCCGGACUUGUUUUGCGUGCGCUUUUCCUGUGGGAAUGACGUGAGUGUGACCCUGCGAGGAAGAGCUCCCUUGGUCCCUGGCGCGGAAGUCCGGUCGGUUGGCUUCCCAGACGUUAACAAGGUUACCCGGCGCUGCUGUGAAAAGCAUCCUCCUGCUCCGCCUCCCACCCUGCGCAUCACUGCAAUCUGAUAAUGGACAACACACUUUACAACGCCCGCUGCUGUGUAGAGCUUUGAGCUGAGAGUCCAGGCACCCAGAGAUCUUUCUGUCAGAGAGAGAGAGAGUGAGAGAGAGAGAGAGGAAGAGAGAGGAUGACCGAGGGAGUGGAGGCAGAGGAGUCCUCCGCUGAGCUGUUCGCCCAUCCUGGAUCAGUGUCCCCCACCCGCUCCUGUGCCGAUCCCGGACGAGCCCCCAAGGAGGCGCUGGCAGAGCCUGUGGCAGGUGGAGAGGGCGGGGACGAGGACCCCGAGGGAGGCGGUGACCAUGGAGACGGAGGGCGAGCCGGCCCCCCGGGGCUCCUGGGCUUGGCCGGGACCUGCUGCGUGUGCGUGGGGACGGAACCGGUGCUGCGGUGCCUGCGCUCGGAGAAGAUCUGCAUCGUGCCCAUCCUGGCCUGCCUGCUCAGUCUGGCCCUCUGUACGGCCGGCCUCAAGUGGGUCUUCGUGGACAAAAUCUUUGAGUAUGAGCCACCCACCCACUUGGACCCCGACCGCAUGGAGCAAAACCCCUUCCUCGUCAUCGCCGACCCCACAAAGGACCUGCCGCUCUUACUUCCCCACCCUUCCUCCCCGACCCUGGUGACACCGAUGACCACCACAGGGCAGCACAGCCCAGGGUCUCCCGUGGUGACUCAGUAUAGCCCCACCUCCGCACUGACAUAUCGCACUAACCCGCCCACGAAACCCGGGAACCCCACCACCCCAAAACCAGUGGGCAAGGCAACAUCAACCCCGUACCCCAAAACAACCGUGGAGUCUAAUGACAUUAUUGUCCCUAGGUUCCCUGCCACCAGCACCACCCCCGCGGUGAAGACCUCCAGCCACGUGACUCGCUGCAGCGACAGUGAGAAGAACUACUGCGUGAACGGAGGGGACUGCUUCACCCUGGAGGUCAUGCCCGGACAACCCAAGUUACUCUGCAGGUGUCCAAAUGAAUUUACUGGUGAUCGCUGCCAAAACUACGUAAUGGCCAGCUUCUACAAACAUCUUGGGAUUGAAUUUAUGGAAGCUGAGGAGGUCUAUCAGAAACGUGUGUUAACAAUAACAGGAAUCUGCAUUGCACUCCUAGUGGUUGGAAUCAUGUGUCUGGUUGCCUACUGCAAAACAAAAAAGCAGAGGAAGAAACUCCAUGACCGUCUGAGGCAGAGUUUACGAAAUGAGAGGAAUACAAUGGCUGGUGUGGCAAACGGACCCCUGAUGUCCAACCCCCCCCUGGAGAACAUCCAACUUGUCAAUCAAUUUCCGUCCAAAAGCGCCCCACCCGCGGAGCACGUCAUCGAAAAGGAAACGGAGACGUCGUUCUCCAUGAACCAGUACACGUCAUCCACCCAACAGUCCACCACCCUGACCCAAACCUCCAGUCAAAGCUGGAGCAACGGCCGCAGUGAGAGUGCCCUGUUGGACGGCCGCUCAAUCUUGAUGAUGUCAUCGGCAGAGAGCCGACAGCAUGCCACGCCCAGCCAACGAGGUCGUCUGAACGCCACGGGCGGCGCCAGAGAUCUGAGUGCCCACCAGAAGAGCUCCCGAGACACGCCAGACUCCUGCCGCGACUCACCCUACAACGACAGGUAUGUGUCAGCCGUGACCACCCCGACACACCUGUCCCCCGUGGAGCUGCUCACGCCCGUGACCCCUGGCUCCCCACCGUCGGAGAUGUCGGCCAGCCUGGCCACCCCGGCCCCCUCCCUGGCCGUUAGCCCCUCUGGCGAGGAGGAGCGUCCCCUGCUGUUCACUGCCUCGAUUUGGCCCCGCGACAAGCCGCGCCACGACCCCCGCCACGCCCAGUCCAAGAGGAACUCUGCCCACUACAACCACGGCCAGGACGUCCACAGCCCCCCGCCCAGCCCGCUGAGGAUCGUCGAGGACGACGACUACGAGACGACGCAGGAGUAUGAGGCCGUCGCCGCCGAGUUGGUGCCGCCCAAUCCCCCGCAGAGCCUACCUAAAAAACUCACCAACAGCAACAACAACAAUGGCCGUCUGGCCAAAAGAACAAAGGUGAACGGCCAUGCAGCAGGACACACAGUGGAGACCCGCGACCGGGGCAACAGUACGGAGAGGGGCGGGUCAGAGAGUGAGACGGAGGAGGAGCGUGUGGGAGAGGACACGCCCUUCCUGAGCUUACAGAACCCCCUGGCCGCAGGUGUGGCGCCGAUUACAGACAGUAGCAGGACUAACCCAGCUCUCAGACUCUCCCCACACGACGACCUGCAAGCCAGGUUAUCCAGCGUCAUAGCCAACCAAGAUCCAAUUGCUGUAUAAAGUGAGAAAUGAAAAAUAUUGCUUAGGAAAAUACGUAUGACAGAUAAAAAAAGAACCAGAGUCACUAUUAAACAUGUAUUUUCUAUAAAUUAAGUAUUUGCGGGGAAAACUUUUAUUUUAGCGAAGUAGUAAAUAAAAUCUUUUAUAAAAAAAUUUAAAAAAACGGUAUAAAUGUGUUCGUGUUAAGGAAGAAAGUGCCACAAUCUAGAAAUGGUUCAUGUAGCAAUGGUUCACAGUAUUUCAAUGGAAAAAAAUAUCAACGGUGCCUUUAAUUUGCGUUUGGUGUGCUUAUGGGGGAACUGCAUUACAAAUUUGGGCCAUAUAUUCAUGACUUUCAUCUCGCUGUAGUCAUUUCUGCUCGACUCUGAAAACAAAAAACAUUCAAACAAAAAAAAAAUAUAUAUAUAUACAUAUAAAAGCCACCAGUGCUAACAAGUAUGCAGUCACUAUAACCGCCUGUAUGGACUAAUACAAUGGUGUGAUGAUGGACAUGGCGUGUUGCUUCUGUUUGAGUGCAUGUUCUUUCCUCCUUAUUUGCAGUCAUAUCCUACUACUAGAGGUGCCUACCACACCCCUGUCUAAAGGUAUUUAGUGUUUAACUACAACAAAAAACAUCAGAGUAAUAUACACGUUUUUACGAUUUUUUUUCACCCCGCUCGCUUUUUAGCAGUUUUUUCAAAAUUGUUAAAGAAAGUUUUUUUAUUUUUAUUCUUGAACCAUUUGCUAAUAGAAAUAGUAAAACAGUUAUUCAUGUCAGUCACCUAGAAUCUUAACAUGAUUCAUUUGUAUCAAUACGUGGGUACUAUACAUUGGCACUGGAAGAAUGAAUGAAGUCAAGUUGAUUGUAUUAUUCACAGAUUAAUUGGGGAACCAGAGUAGCCAGCGAAAUGGUUUGAUAUAAUUUCUUCAGAGGUUUUUCCCAUUAUUUCUUAUGAAUGCAUAAUAUCUAUCAAAUGCCAUUAUAUUGCGUUUUAAACAAUGUUUCAAUUUAUUUUUCUGUCUUCAAAGCCAGAUUGUCAGAUGAUAAUUUAUUCAGUCAUAUCUGGCUCAGCAAUAUUGUAAGAUUCUUGUGGUCAAUAUCAUGACUUGCAAGUGCAAAUUGUGGAGAUGUAUGUAAACGAAUGAAUAUAUGGCUCACUCAAUCCUAACAUCUUGGGGUUCCUGAGUAAUGCAUUGUGGGGGUCAAGGUAGAUAGCGAGAGCCUUUUCUUUUGUUUGAAACAUUUUAGUACAUUAGUACAUUUCAGCCUUUUUGUCCAUCCAACAUUCACUUACAUUGCUACAUUAUCCAAAAAAUUUUUUUUGUGUGUUCAUACAGUACAUAAUAUGUUUGUGUUAGUAUAUUGUUAUCUCUGUAAUAUCAUCAACAUUAACCUUUUUUAUUAUAUAAUAUUUAUGUUAUAUCCCAAGGAUACAUUUAGGAGUCGUUAGUGACAUGCCGAAGACUAUGUCACCAGUAAUGUCACUAGAAUGAAUAGAUCACCUAACACGUUUUCUACUCUACAUGAUAAUUUUUGGUGCCUCAUAACCAAACCAUUAAGAUUCUGAGUUUCCAAAUGGUAAUUUCCUCCAAACAAUCUUCAUUAGCCAAGUUUAAUCUGCAUGACACCAUGGUAUGAAGGCUUGUACCCCUAAGUUAUACAGUUCAGUGAUGGCCCAACCUGAAAUACCUUUUUUUGUAUUUAUGUUAUUUAUUUAUUUAUUUGUUUAUUUAUUUUGUGGGCCUUACGUAUCUUUUAAUUACAGAUUAUAUAUAUAUUUUAAUCAGUGUUUUAUAUAUUUGGUUAGUAUAUAUUUGAACAAAUUGAACUUUUAUCUUUUGUACCUAUUGUGUUAAUCUGUCCCCUUCUGCCUUUUUAUAUUUUGUUUUCAAUAUGGGGUCAAACAUCUUUCCCUCUAAGCAUUGAUAACCGCUCUGUUUUUCAACGUAUAAAUAAAUAUACAUGGAAAAUGCACAA